CCCAUCUCUGCCUCCAGCGUACAAAUUCAUCAAGUAUCCACAAGGCUCACAAUCCCCAGAGGCAAGAGAAGACAGUAGGAAGGUGAUUCAUAUUGCAAAUCACACUGUCUCCGAAGGACCUGCAGGGCUCUGGAAAGACCGAACCAAUACCCUCCCUUCUUCUACCUCCCUAACGCUUAAUCAGGGUAACUAAGGCAGCAGACUCAGUCUGGAUGGAUUUCAUUGCCGGGGCCAUUGGAGAAGGACUCAAUGAGAGGCAAUUUCCAACCUGUGAGCCACCAGACGUGCACUGUAUCUAUGACUGCCUGGCUCCCUGAAGGGCUCAUCCAGCACUUUCAUGAACCUGAUCUCCAUCUAAAUAACUCACAUGGAUUCAGCUCCAUUGUCUCCCGGCCUGAUUUCCUCUCAGGUGGUCUAAGCACAGCAGUGGGUUAUCCGCUGGACACAGUGAAGGUGAGAAUUCAGACCGAGAGGCAUUACAAUGGGAUUUGGCACUGCAUUCAGGAGACAUACAGGACAGAAAAAGUUUGGGGAUUUUACAAAGGUGUGUCUGCAUCAGUCCUCACAGUAUCGGUGAUUUCUUCUGUUUCAUUUGGCACGUACAAAAACUUCCUUUGUACCAUCUGCAAGCUGCGAUACGGGGCUGCAGAUGCAAAGCCAUCCAAGGUGGAUGUUUCUCUUGCUGGAGGUGCUGCCGGUGCUGUCCGGGUUGUGUUGAUGACCCCUAGUGAAGUGGCUAAAGUUCGCAUGCAGACUCAGAGGAACCCACAUCCUUCCGUUGCAUCUCCCCAGCCUGUUUCCAAGCCAAAGUACCGAGGAUCUCUGCACUGUCUGAAGGUGAUCGCCAAGGAGGAAGGUUUUGGGGGUCUCUACAAGGGCUGCUCUGCAUUACUCUGCAGGGAUUGCUCCUCUUCUGCAAUAUAUUUCCUUACCUAUUCUGCUCUGUGCGACUGGCUCACACCAGCUGGGAAAAAUAAACCAGGUUUCCUUGUUGUGCUGCUUUCCGGUGGUUUUGCUGGAGUCCUGGCCUGGGGAUUAGCUACUCCCAUGGAUGUCAUCAAAUCACGGAUGCAAACAGAUGAAUCAGACCAGCACAAGUACAAAGGCCUCGUCCACUGUGCUAGGGAAAGUGUGAGAAAGGAGGGUGCAAAAGUGCUUUUCAAAGGACUGGGUUUGAACUGCAUUCGUGCCUUUCCUGUGAACAUGGUGGUGUUUGUAACAUAUGAAGCUGUACUGAGAUUUACAGAUCGUUAUACAAAUAAAAAAUAG